UUGUAUCCAUUCAAGAACUUGCCGCGGCUAGGAGCGUGUUGAAAAGGGACACAGAUCAGUCCGUCAAACCGAGACGUUACAUUAAUUUACAAACUUCUCGAAAACAUUUGCAGAGACUGCAAACUCGCAAGGUUGUACAGAUUAAACGAAAACACUCGUUUACAACGUUAACCUCGAAGAUAUUUGCAACACCGCUUUCAGAUUUUCUUUUUUGCUUUGAUUGCGAAAACAUGCAACUGGAAGACUGAUCGGCAAGCCGCAUAUAAGGAACUGCCACAUACACUCAAUGAGUCAUUGAUAACUGCACUGGCAUGUGUGAGCUGUAGUGUGGGGCACUAGUAUAUGUAGUCUAAGGCCCUUUUUUUCUCCAGCUUAUUAUUCUUUUUUUUUUUUAAUUAUUAUUAUUGUUUAAUUUGAUUCAGAAGCGAUUUUUUUUUUUAGAUUCAGGCGCACAUAUCGUUACAAUGCUUCAGUAAGUAGUGUGUAUAUUGGUCACCGGUAUACAGUAAUUCUUCUCUAUCGCCUCCAAAGUAAUUUUUACUAAUGCUAGAUAAACUCAAACCCGUUCAUUUCAAUUCGGUAAUAACGACGAUGAGCAAGACAGUGGGUUGGUUAAAGGAGCAGCUGCAGACAGGCAACGACAGCCUUCUGGUAAUGGACUGCCGAGCCCAGGAGCUCUACGAGUCCUCGCAUGUCGAGGCAGCCAUAAACGUGGCCAUCCCCAGCCUCAUGCUUCGGCGACUCAGGAAGGGCAACCUGCCUAUCAAGUCGUUGUUAGCUAACGGGGAGGACAAGGAGAAAUUUGUCCGGAGGUGUAGGACAGACACAAUCGUGCUUUACGAUGAGUACAGCAGCGAGUGGAAUGAGAACGUGGACGGGGACUCCGUGCUGGGGCUCCUGCUGAGGAGAAUGAAGGAUGAAGGCUACAGGGCUUUUUACUUGGAAGGCGGAUUUAAUACAUUUCAAGCAGAGUUUCCUGCACACUGCGAAACUAAUCUGGACAGCUCUUGCAGCAGCAGCAGCUCUCCCACAACACCAGUGCUCGGGUUAGGGGGGCUCAGAAUUAGCUCUGACUCUUCCGAUAUCGAAUCAGACGUUGACCGGGACCCCCACAGUGCCACUGACUCUGAUGGCAGCCCCUUGUCCAAUACCCAGCCUUCUUUCCCUGUUGAGAUCCUGCCAUUCCUGUACCUGGGAUGUGCCAAAGACUCCACCAACCUAGACAUUUUGGAAGAAUAUGGCAUUAAGUACAUCCUGAAUGUGACCCCGAAUCUCCCAAACCUGUUUGAGAAUGCUGGGGAGUUCAAGUACAAGCAGAUCCCCAUCUCUGAUCACUGGAGCCAGAACCUCUCUCAGUUCUUUCCAGAGGCAAUCAGCUUUAUUGAUGAAGCACGCAGCAAGAAGUGUGGUGUUUUAGUCCACUGCUUAGCUGGGAUCAGCCGUUCCGUUACAGUGACCGUGGCGUACCUGAUGCAGAAGCUAAACCUGUCCAUGAAUGACGCCUAUGAUAUAGUAAAGAUGAAGAAAUCUAACAUUUCCCCUAACUUCAAUUUUAUGGGCCAACUGCUGGACUUUGAGAGGACCCUAGGAUUGAACAGUCCUUGUGAUAACCGAAUCACUACCCAGCCCCUCUACUUCUCUACUCCCACCAACCACAACGUUUUCCAGCUCGACCCUCUCCAGUCCACGUGAGCACUCGCAACCCUGACCUGCCGGUGAUCGCUCUUGAAAUAUUUUUUGUCUUGUCAAGAACCUUGACAAGAUUGACAGAACUGGUCUGAACUAACAGCUGUCGGAUGUGCUUACUGAAGACAUGGGAGACUAAUCUGUGGAAGCAGCUGUAGCAGAGAGGGAGUGCCAUAACUCCUUUCUUUCUUUUUCUGUUUCUCUUGGACUGAGAACAUUUAAUUAUCCUAAAGGUUAGAAGAGAAAAGGUGUGCAGUAGACAGGAAAACCAAGAAUUCCAAAGAGAUGUGGUUGGUUGAACUGACUUUACGAGCACUUGCGCCUACAGACUGAUUUUUAGCAUUAGGUGUUCAGCAGCUUAUAUGUGUGUGUAUAUAUGUAUCUCUAUCGUCUUCUGUGAAGACUGGCUAUAAGUGUGUAUGGGGGGGGGUGUAUCUUGCUGAAUUACAGCAGUUUUUGAAAUUCCCCUAUUUUUUGUGGAGAAGUCUUGUGUUUUAAACAAUCUAUUAUAUACAUUGUAAAAAAAAAAAUAAUAAUCUCCUAAUAGUGCAGCCUUGCUCUCUUGUAUCUGAAAAAAGAAAAACACAACUGUAAAUCAGUGGGUACUAAUUGUUUUCCAUGUAUGCAUCCCAAGUAUAAAUAUGUCAUUGUUUUAAUAUACCAAAAAUUAAUUGUGUAUUUGAAUUUUGGUUGAGUCUCACCACUCCAGUUUUGCUGCUUAAUGUAUGGGUUAAAUCUGGAGGCUUUCUUUUUGCUUUCAUAAAAACAAAUUCGAACCACUUGCUUUAUGUAUGCCUUUUAGCUCUUUACAUAGACGUGCAUAUGCUGUUAACCUUCUAAUGAUUUUAUUUUGAUUUAUUUUUUUUAUAAAAAGUGCCCCCUUUUAAGCUUAAACACAGAUAUAGGUGUGUUCCUGUUAAUGUGUCACCAUGGUGUAUUAGAAAGAAGAAUUGUACUCCUGUAUUUACUAAUGUUAGUAAGUUAUGGAUGAUUUGUGGUAAUAGUGACCUAUGUUAAUAUGAACAUAAUGCACUGUAAUGCAUGGAAUAUAGCAUAGUUGAUCCUCUAUGAUAAUUGCUUUUAGGUAUGAAGAGUGGAGUUUGUUUCUGUGCAAGAGGCUGAUCAUUUGUUUGUUUUUUAAUAUUCUGGAGGGAGGUGUCUUUUUUUUUUUUUCUUAUAUAUAUUAUUCUCACACAGAGAUGCAUUACCUCUGUAUCAGUCAUCUUCAGGGAACUUUAAUCACACAAUGCAAUAGUCCAUGGUAAAGAAAAGAGACAAAUAGACAUCUGUUUUUCCUGCACUUGUAGAUAUGGCCAAUGGGAGAAUGACCUCUCCCCUCUCCCCCACUCUAUCCUGUUGUUGGUAGAAAGUUGGAGUCUGGAUAUAUCUUAAUGUACACAUUUAAAUUAUUAAUAAACAACUAUUUUGUCUAUUCAGAACUGUA